GCCCGCGAAAAUGCUCAGUUGCGAUUCGAGCUGGCAGUGGAGAGGUUGCGCUGGGCCGAUAAUUUUUUUAGUGUACUUGCAGCGUCUGCUUAGUGGAUGUGGUGUGUGGAGAGUCGAGAGCAGGAAUUUGGUGACAUUCGUAGGAGCUACCGGAUGUUGACGUCGUUAGUACGCAGUUUAGUCCUAGUGGAUACGUGUGCUGUUUGCUGGAGAGACUGUCCAAGAUGAGAGGAUAUACUAGUAGUAGACGAGUUGGAGGCUGUGGUCCGCAGUUUGGACAAGUUUGGGUUGCGCUCUUGUCCGUAGUUUUAUUAUGCUCCUGGAGUGGUAGCGCAAGUGCGGAAUGCUUCGACUUCUUUGAGUUUACGUGUGUGAAUGACGGCGCAUGCAUACCCAAGAUGUGGCGUUGCAACAGAGCCAUCGACUGCAAGGACGGCUCUGAUGAACAGGGCUGUCCUGGGCGAGACCCAGUAACCACCGCAAGCCCCACGACCAUUCCGACUACUGCUCCGUCCACUGCCGCCGCCGUGUCUGAUGUUGUUGCCGCGUCGUCGACGGCGCAGCAGGUGAACACCGACAAUGCACAGCCCGUCGAAGUGGUUAUAGACGCAGAGACUGCCGCCGUCAUGGAUACCACUGGCCUUGAGCCCACAGCCGCCGUCACCGUCCCCGCUAGUGUCCGCAGCACGCAGGCAAGCGCGACUGAGGAGGGUGUUGACAACCGCUGUGGAAAUGCACUCUUCUACUGUGAGUUCACUGAGAAGAAGUGCCAGCCAGAGGCGUGGCUCUGCGACACGUACCCGGAUUGCGUCAACCCGCUGACAAACAUUGCCGUCGAUGAAACUGAUGCGUUGUGCACGCCUCAACCAGCAACGUCCAGACGUGAAAUCCAGACCACGACGACAAGAAGACCGGUAACCAGCACGGGACCGGUGACAACCGUCGCGACUACUCGACCCACUGGUCUGUACCAUCCACCCACGGCGUCUGUGAAGAAGAACCGGCAAGCCUCUGACAACUCGCUGCUGAUUGCGGUAGCGUGCGGGGCCUUGGGUGUCGUCUUUGUCGCCCUUCUCCUUCUUCUCCUUUACAUUGCUCGCGGGAAACAGCGGCAAAAUGGCACCAAUCAAACCACUGGAAAGAGCCCAGCGAAGGGCGCGAAGAUCUUGAUUGACUGUGAGGAAGGAGAGCCUGUCAAGAAACCACCGAGCAAGUUCGUGGAGCCUUCAGGCAGCCAUCAGCCAGUAGCACAUGCGACUGUGAAAGUCGUCCAGCCAGUGAACAUGGUCACUUCCGUUUCGACGACAAGUCAAGGCUCUCCGAAAAAUAUACACCAUCAAUGUGUAUCCAGUGUGUAGACUCGGUCAAGUAGGACACGGCGUGAGCAGCAGACAACCGCAUGGUCUCUGCAACAGAUGACCCCGGAACUCUGUGCUGCGGGUACGUAGCACGAGUGUGAACUCUCCCCUAUCGUCAUAUUCCAAUUACGAAAUAUAUUCGCAUGCACCGUACACUAGGUGCCAUUCUAUUCUUUAGCCCCGUCAAUAUAUUCCUUUCGAAAAGAAGAAAUAUUUUAUCGCUUGCGUCUGUUCGAAUAACGCCGGCUUUUUUGUUUCAGUUUUCUUGAUUUGUGAUACUCUUCAUCAUGAUUAUAUUUGGAGCAAGAGCUGAGAUCCAUGCAUGUAAUUUUAUUUGGUUGAGCGCGGAGACAAGAUGUCCUGGAGAAUCAGGCCUCUCUGAGUUGUGUUUUAUCCAGAACCCCCAUACAGUGUUCUAUACCAACUGGCACAUGGUGUACUGUGUCUAGCUCAUAUCUAUACUCCUAUUGAGUAGCUUUACUGUUUCUAGUUCGUAUCAGUGCACAUUCAGUCUGCUGCUAUAGUGCAGCAGUCAUAUUAGAGUUGACAUACCUCCGUGUUGACCAGUGCCUAUAACAACGAGAGCUUUUCCGACGUGUAAUUUUUUACUCCUAUAAGAGUUGAUUUUCGCGAGAGUUUGUAGAGCUUUUGAACUGCUUGUUCACUCUACAGCGAAUUUUAUCAUUCUUACUGUCGACCUCUUUUUCGUUUUACCUUAAUCUUGUUUAGAGAGCCUAAUGCUAAUUUUGUUGUUUUCCACCACUUGUUCACUUUACCUCCCCAAUUGGUUAAUUCCGUUGAACACCAGUACAACUCACUUGAUGUUAUUUUUAUUUUUAUUUUUGAUUAAUUGGGAAAACUA